CCUAUCGUCUUCGUUGCUUUUCGUUUGUCCUAGCCAGGUUAUCAAUUUGUUUUUGCCUUUUGUAAAAUACAAUUGGAAGGAUAAUUCAUUUUGCGAUCUGGUUUAAAGGGAUAGAAAAGGUUCAUCAGAAUUUUGUUGAAAUCUCUGUCAACGGGGAUAAUAAAAAGUAUUGUGCUGGUUGGUGGAUGCAUAGUCUUGUUUUAUCGACUUUGCCACUUCCCUUGGUUACAGGAUGAUCAUGGAUAAAUUGGUAUGGGGGAAAACCGAUCGAUUAACCACCACCACGGUUGAUAUGCCGAUCAAUACUACUAGAUUGCCCCUCCACGACCGCAUAGGUGGGGCACCCCCUGCAGUCCAAAACGGCCGAUACGUUUCAAAGUACUAUAAAUCUUACCGAAGCUUCCUUGACAUUUCCACGAGCCUCAGCAGACCGACGCGUUCGGGAUGGCUUUACAAGUUAUCUACGAGGGCGCUUUUGAUUUUAAAGGCUGAUAAUCGUCCUGGCAUCACCUUUUCGGUUGCCUACAUUCUGGGAGGGAUGUUGACUCGCUGCGGUUCGGGAUCGUACCUUCCCUUCCUAAAGAAAAGAGAGGAGAAGGGCAUCGACGCUGGCGGAAUGGAAAAUUUUAUGGUUCUUCGCCAAGCGCAUGUCCUUCCUCAGUGUUAUUUUAUCUCACCAUGGAUAGCAGAAGCUGUGCAUCCUUCUUUGUCCAUAAGGAGUGUAUCGGAGCCGGCAAUGGGUCUAGGGUUCAAGUCUUGGUGUUUGGAAUCCUCCCUUUCUCUCGAAGUUUCCGCGAAGUCUUUCUUGGUAGCGGCUUCUUGGGUGCCUCACUUCGACUACACGUCAUUCUCCCCAUUGCAAUCGAGGCAUUGCAUGGAUAAGGCGAAUGUUCGUUUAUCUGGAAAACGCCCUCAGGGCUUACCAUGUUAUGUUUUCUACCGCCCCCCACCCUAUAGUGGGGUUCGGCGUUACGUUAUGAACCCUUCUCUGACCCCCUCUUUCCUCUGGUUCGCCGCUUUGCGAGCCUUGAGCCGUUUCCACGGGUCUCCUUCCCCACCCUUUUCUCCCCCGCCGUGGUCCUGCAAUAAGGAAGAAGCCGAAAAAACCGAAGAAGAAGAACUACACUCACACACCCCACAACCAUCACAGCACCAUCUGCCGCGCGGUAUUGACCCCUUCUCUUUUUCCGCAUCAAUGACAACGCCCGAGCUCGCGGACGGGCUUUCGCGCGAGCCGGUCAAGCGCGAUCGCCACCCCCCUUGGCAUCCGCCGGUUUGGAAGGACCCGAAGGGGCUUUGGUUUGUCAAUUCCCUGACGGAAUGCCCCGAGGCCUUCGCGCCGCGGACGGAAGGGGGGGCGGUGCGGUGGUACACCUGCGGCCCGACGGUCUACGACCUCAGCCACCUCGGCCACGCCCGGGCGUACCUUACCUUCGAUAUCAUACGCCGCGUGAUGGAGGACUACUUUGGCUACGCCGUGAUUUACCAGAUGAAUAUUACCGAUAUCGACGACAAAAUAAUCAAACGCGCGCGCACGAACUGUCUUCUGGCGGGGUUUAAAGCGCGAACCCUGCACGGGGAGGGGAUGGCAGGGCUGCGGGAGUUCACGCAACGGGCGCUCAAGGCCGCCGCGGACGGCCUCGCGGGGCGGCGGGCGCGGCUUUCGCUGCCCCUGCCCGCCGACGCCAGCAGCCGCGUGCGCGCUGAACGGGCGGAGAAGCUGCUCGAGCUCGAGUUAAAGGAAGGGCAAUUCACGGAGACGACGCAGGUGAUCGUGGCGGCCGCGGCGGGGACCGACUUCGAGGCCCUCUUCGACGCCGCGAGCGGGGUGAAUGGGGAGCUGCUGGACCAGCUCGAGGGCCAUGCCGUGGUCGACCAGAAGAUCUUCGAGGAGCACGCCCGGUUUUACGAGCGGACUUUCUUUGACGACAUGGCGCGUCUGGGGAUUCGCGAGCCGGAUGUCAUCACGCGGGUGACCGAGUACGUCCCGCAGGUGGUGGCUUUUAUCCAGAAGGUCCUCGCGAACGGCUUCGCCUACCAGGGCACGAGCUCGAUCUUUUUCGACACCGAGGCCUUCGUGCGGGAGGGCUAUGAUUACCCCAAGCUCAAGCCCGGCGGCGAUCGCGAGGCCACCGAGGAGGAGAUGGCCGAGGGCGAGGGCGCGCUUUCGAAGGACGUCGAGGGCGAGAAGCGCAGCCCGAACGACUUCGCGCUGUGGAAGUUCUCGAAGCCUGGCGAGCCGCGCUGGCCCUCCCCGUGGGGGGAGGGUCGGCCCGGGUGGCAUAUCGAGUGCUCCGUGAUGGCCUCCGACAUCCUCGGCGAUAAUAUCGACAUCCACAGCGGGGGGUGGGAUCUUAAGUUUCCCCACCACGAUAACGAGUGCGCCCAGAGCGAGGCGUUCGGGAUGAAAAAGCAGUGGGUGAAUUAUUUCAUGCACUGCGGCCACCUGCACAUCAAAGGCCUCAAGAUGAGCAAGAGCCUCAAGAACUUCAUCACGAUUCGGCAGUGCUUAGACGAGCUGGGGGUGUCGCCGCGGGAGAUGCGGCUGCUUUUCUUGUCCAACCCGUGGAAUCGGCCGAUGAACUUCUCGGAUCAGUCCCUCGACGAGGCGUCCGAGAAGGCGCGCAUCCUCCGCGCCUUUUUCGGCAACGUCGACGUGAUCCUGCGCGGGGAUAGUUGGGCAAAGCCCCAGGGCGCCGACGCCCACGACCGCGAGCUCCUCGAGCACUGGGCGACAACCGAGCGCGGCGUCCACGAGGCCCUCCGCAACAACUUCGACACCCCCACCGCCCUCGCCCUGCUUAUGUCGUUGGUGGCCUCGACGAAUCGCUACAUGCUCUGCCCGGAGCGACCGAGCGCGACGCUUUUGCGGAAAGUCGCGCGGUAUAUCACCCGGAUCUUUCAGGUCUUUGGGGUGGUGGAAGGCAACGACGCCGUGGGGCUGUCGCGGGCGACGCCGCACGGCGUGGAAACCCCCGCCGCGGAGGGCCGCCUCGCGCAGGUGAUGGACGCCCUCGUUCGCUUUCGCGAUGACGUCCGCGAGGUGGCGAAGCGGGAGAAGCUCGGCGCGGCGUUUCUGCCCCUUUGCGAUCACUUACGCGAUGAGGCGCUGGUGGAUGCCGGGCUUCGCGUCGAGGAUAACCCCACGGGCCCCACAACGUGGAGGAACGACGAGCCGGCGGCGCUCCGUAAGGAGCUGAUGGCGCGCCGGGAGAAGGAGGAAAUGGGCCGGCGGGUGAAAUUGCAGAACCAAAUCGAGACGAGGGAAAAGCAGCUCACCAAGUGGCGGCAGUUCCGCUACGACCCGACGGAAUUCUUCGCCCGGCAGGAUGGCGAACGCCGCGCGGGUGAGAAGAAGUUUUCCGCCUUCGACCCGGCGACGGGACUGCCCUCACGCCUGGCAAACGGCGAGGUGGUGCUUGAGAAGGACAUCAAGAAGUACCAGAAGGAGGUCGCGAAGUAUGCCAAGCAAUACGAGGAGUUUCGGGCGAAGGGAGGCUUGCAGUGGUUGGAGCAGCAACAAGAAGAACUGGGUGCUAUGUUGAAAGAUUUGGAACGCUCGAAGUGA